UGUAAAGAGGGUACUCGGUAAGAGUAUUUGAAAGUUGUAUAUCGAUGGAAAAAUCGUCUUACCGCUCCGCUUCUUUAAGAAGGAAACUUAAGUGGAAUUGAUGGGGUCAUAAUCAAGACUAAAGACUGGAUUGCACGCCUGCGGCAUUCAGCGGAAGACGUCGUUCUCGCAAAAGUUUUUGUUUAUCGAAUGGAAAUCAUGUAAAUCCUCUAGUUCCGCGAACGUCAGAUAAUUCGAUCACGUAAAUACUUUUACGAUGUUGCACCAACUGUCUGAGGAACAUCUCGCUCGCUCUGAAGAACCGUAACUAUAAUGUGUCAAAUACACAUUGGCAAGGAAAAUAGGAUAUAAUCUUAAAUCGAUGCAAUUCUCAACAUGCAAUUAAAAUAAAUUGAGCCAAUUAAAAUAAAAUUAAAAUAAUCCUAAAAUAAAAAACAGUGGAAUAAAAGAGAUAAAAAAGGGUUUCAGAUAUAUCGAAUUGUUAAAUUCUUUAUUUAAAACGUUAUUUCAGAAAAUAAUUCUUUUAAUCUCGCGGAUUUUUUUUAUGAGAAAACGAUAUAUGCGUAUGUUGACGUUUUGUUCUCUCAGGAACGAGGAUUCCCUCUGCUUGCGUUGCUGGUCCAGCGUUCUGGCGGCCACGCGGGGCUGGCGAAAGGCGUUGUUUUACCUACCACUGUCCUGCAUUCUAGCGUGGCGACCCAAUAGACUUUGGCUGUCCUAUGUCGCGGCCGGCCUCUUGGCGGUACUGUCCUUGCUGCAUAUUGCAUCGAGCGCGCUAGGACGACGAGAUCCUUGCCAAUCGGGGGCCGACUCGGUAGGCGAGAGCCUCUUGAACUCCAGGCAGGAGAAUUACGACCGAUUCGAGGAAGUUCUGGUGACGGAAGUUCUCGAUGACGGCGUGUCAGGACCAGGACGCUGUCCCGGGGACAGCGACGGUGAGAUAUGACACGAGCGACGGUCCUCCUGGGCCAGCGAAUCCGACGAGGAUAGCGAGCUUGAACAGAGGACAUGUCAAAUCGCCACGCUCUCUUAGUCCUUAGACGAUGGACCUCUAUUCGAUCUCGUCGCGUAUUAAGAGAGGAGUCAAUUGAACACCCGAUUACAUAUGCGACAAGAACGAAUGCGAGAAAUGUACGAGGCCGAAUAAUGCCUUUUAAAAUGGUGUAAAUUGAGAGAGUUUCGGAGGAGUCAUCUCAUGAGAGAUUCGGUAAAUUUAAGAAUAAAGACAAGAUGAGAGAGAGAGAGAGAGAGAGAGAGAGAGAAAUUGAAUUUAUAGAUUUACAAAUCUGCGAAAUAGGAAAAACGAUGCGAGAUAUCCUAUCUCUAUGCGUGCACGUGAAGGAAUGAAUAUACGCGAAUAUUUUUCUUAGCUAGACACUUGUUAGUUACAUGUAAUAAUCUAUAAUAUAAGUAUAAUAUAAGUAUAAUUUUCUAUACGUUAUGUCUUUUAGGAUAUAUAAAUAUAGAUAUAAAUAUAGAUAUAAAUGUAUAACGUAUAAUUGCAUGACAUGUACAAAACAGCCGUAAAAUUUCAUUAUAAAGGAUCAUUCGUUAUGCUAUUAAAUUGUCAGUAUAUAAAAUUGCUAAUAAAUACUUUCUAAAAGUC